AAGUGCUGCAGCGUGGGGCUGCUUUUGUUUCUAACCCUCAUUUCCUUUGUGUGGGGUUUGGUGUGCGCUGAGCUGGGUGCUGGCGGCUCCAGGCACGCUCGGUAUCUGGAGGUGAGUGCUCUGCGCCUUCAGGGCUCCGUCCCCUCCGCACCUGCCCGUGCUGCCAUCUCCUGCUGGCACCCUGUCCCCUCGCAGCCCAAGGCCGUGGCUGUGGGGCGGGAUGGGGGACUGGAGCUUGCCCAUCGGCUCGCUGGGCGAGGAGGUGGUGGCCCAGCUCUGUGAGCUCCUGGACACAGCCAGCCGGGGCUGGCGCAAGCUGGCCGAGGUGGCUGGGGCGGAGAAACGCUUCAGGUGCAGUGAGGAGGAGCUGGAGAUGUGCUCGCUGAAGGUGCUGGAGCCCCUCGGCAGCCCCACGCAGUGCCUCCUGCAGCUCCUGGCCGAGCGUGAGUGCACCCUCCGGUACCUGCGGGGCUGCCUGCACAGGAUGGGGCAUGUGCAGGCCUGCCAGCUCCUGAGCAGCGCCGUCCACAAUGUGAUCCGCAUCACGGUGCAGCCGGAGUCGCAGGUGGUGGCGGAGGGGACGCGGGUGACCUUGACCUGCUGGGCCACCGGCCCGCCAGGGCUUGCCUACCAGUGGUUCUGUGGAAAGCAGGAGGUGCCCGGAGCCACGGCCCCGGAGCUGGUGAUCGACACGGCCGCGCCGCCAGGACCUCCCCAGUGGUACAUCUGCCGCGUGAGCUGUGGGGCCGCCUUCGCCUUCUCCAGGUGGGCUCACAUCCAAGUGGAGAGGAGCGGCAGCCCCGAAUCAGCCAGCGGUUACUGCCCCAGCAUGGCAGGGCUGCGGAUCCUGCAGCAGCCGCGGCCGUGCCGCCUGGCCGAGGGGGACCCGCUGGUGCUGGAGUGCAGAGCCCUCGGCAACCCACCGCCGCAGUACCAGUGGUUCAGGAACCGGCGCCCCGUGGAAGGUGCGCGGGCACCCCGGCUCCAGGUGCAGAUGGUGACAACGGCUGAGCGGGGCACGUACUCCUGUCGCGUGUUCAACCUCUUCCACGAGGUUUGGAGCCAGGAGGUGGAUGUGGAGAUCGGCCCGCGGCUCUUCGCCUCCGGAGCCCCCUGGCAGGACAGGGAUGGAGACUCCCCGGAGCCCAGCAGCCCCGACCAGCUGUACGCCACCGACAAAGUGGCGCUGCUGGUGGGCAACAUGCACUACACGCACCACAAGCACCUGCGGGCGCCUAUGGUGGACGUGCACGCGCUCGGCGCGCUGCUGCGACAGCUCGACUUCAAGGUGGUGUCACUGCUGGACCUGCGCCGGGACGAGAUGCAGAUGGCGGUCGAUGAGUUCCUGCUGCUCCUCGACAAAGGAGUCUACGGUUUGCUGUACUACGCCGGACACGGCUACGAGAACUUUGGCACCAGCUUCAUGGUGCCCAUCGACGCUCCCGGCUCCUACACCUCCGCCCACUGCCUGUGUGUGCAGCGCGUGCUGCAGCGCAUGCAGCAACGCCGCACCGGCCUCAACAUCUUCCUGCUCGACAUGUGCCGCAAGAGGAACCUCAAUGACGACGUCAUCCCGCAGCUCGGGGCGCUGGAGGUGACGGCCAACAUCGUCUUUGGCUAUGCCACGUGCGCGGAUGCCGAAGCCUACGAGCUGAACCAGGGCGAGCUCUCCAACGGCGUCUUCGUCACCUUCCUCAAGCGCUGGCUGCUGGAGGACGAGAAGAUCACGGUGCUGCUGGACAAGGUGGCCGAGGACAUGGGCACGCUGGAGCUGACGCGAGGCCGCCAGGCGCUGGAGCUGCGCAGUAACCUGUCAGAGAGGCGGGCGCUGACCGACCCCAUCCGCUCCUCGGGACGGGCCGAGACCUCCGCCAGGAACCUGCAGUGGGCCAAGGCUCACGUCCUCCCCGAGAGCCGCCACCUCCACUUCGACUGCGGCGUCACCGUGCAGCUGGGCUUCGCCGCCGAGUUCUCCAACAUCAUGAUCAUCUACACCCGCGUGCUGGCUGCCCCUGGGGAUGUCACCGAGUGCGUGGCCAAGCUCACCGACCUCCCUGAGGAGCUGGACGUGGACCUGAAGUGCACCAACCGGGAGAGCCCCGAGGAGCUGGGCAGCCCCUUGGUGCCCACCUGGAGUGUCACCUGUCCCUCCUGCUGCCUCUACAGCCGCCUCUGUGGGCUGCAGAGAUUGCGGCAGGAGCUGGCCUUCACCGUGUGCCUGCAGUACCGCUACCGCGGCGUGGCCGACUUCGUGGAGGAGCGGAGGGCGGUGAGCGUGGGGCGGCCACUUAUUGCCAAGCUCAACCUGAGCCCUCGGGACCCCAGCACGCUGCUUGCCGCAGAGGGGUCCGGCAGCCCCCUGUCCGCAUCGCCCCCCAGCAGCUGGGGGAACAGCCCCGAGGAGAACCUGAGCCCCGAGGUGCCCGGAUCGCAUGGGGUGUAAGGGGCCACGUCCGUCUACAGGGCACUGCCACCCCAUAUAGAGAGCGGUGUCACCCUAUAUACGGGACACUGCCACCCCAUGUACAGGGCCGUGCCAUCCCAUUAUAUACAGGACUGUGCUACCCCAUGUACAGGGCAGUGCCAGCUACGUGUCCCCUAAUAGGGCAGUGAACCCCAUAUACAGGGUGGUACUACCCCAUAUACAGGGCAAUGCCAGCCCCAUGUCCCCUUGCAGGGCAGUGCCACCCCAUAUGGACACUGCCCCCCCCCAUCCUCCAUAUGGACACUGCCCCCCAUGUCCCCUGGCAGCUGUGGGGCGGGCAGGGGGCAGGGCCGGGUGCCGCAGCUCAGCGAGGCGUCGCACCGGGGCGGGAUUGGGCUCAUUCAGGCCUAGGAGAAAUAGAGAGAAAUAAGCAGAUUAGGGGGCAAAUCCCGCGGGGGGGUGGGGUGGGGUGGGGGAGCGGAGGGCUCCUGCCUGUCAGUGGGGGCAAAGAUUUUGGGGGAUGACUGAAAUCUGGGGUGGGGGGGAAGAAUGCCUUUUUGCUCCGACGAUGUGAGCCGGGGGCGCGGGGUCCUCAGCCCCGUGUGCCAACAACGCUCCCGGGCGGCAGCGGGGGCCCCUCGACCCAAUUAGGGUGGGCUGUGGGGCAGCCCCCUCCCCUCCGCCCGCCCUUUGUUGGCCGAGGGGUGCCCGGGCGUCGCGGCGGGGUCGGCGCCAGCCUCUGCCAUUAUGUCAUGCGAAAAGCGCAGCCCCCAUUCAGCGCGUCCCGUCCCCCGGAUCAAACCCCAUUACUUCCGCGGCCGUUGCUUCAUUAUCUCCCGCGCCGAGCACGCCUCUGCCCGUGGCCCAUUAGCUGGGCUGGGGGGCCGGGGGAGCAUCGAUUAUGCAUUUAAUGGGUUGCUAAAGGUUUAAUUAUCGCUAACGAAGCAGACGAGCAGCAGCAGCCGGGGGACGGGGACGAGGAGCCGGGUCCCCACGGGGUCAGCGCGCGGCCUGGGCGGUGUCACCGCGGCAUCUCCCGCACGACCCCGGUGCCACCGCGGCCACGGGCGCAGCUCUGCCCCGUGUUCGGCUGUUGGGAAUGUCACGAUUUCCCAGGGCAUCCCCUCUUCCCCCAUGGCAGACGGUGCCACCGUCAGCCCCGACCGACCCCAUCUGCCCCAACACAUCCCCUGCUUGGAACCCCAAAGCCCCCACGCGUGCUGUCAUCCCAUUGCUGUCAUCCCCUUGCUGCCCUGACGGUGCCAACCGCACACCAUCCCCAGCACCAUCAUGGGGCACCACUCCACCACCACCGUCCCGUCCCUGCUCCCAUCAGGACCCCGCUGGCCCCAUUGGGGCUGAGCCCCCCCCUCCUCCGCCCGGCAAUUACGGCAGCUUUGUGCCACCGGCACCGCUGGAGAGCAAUUAGGGCCGGAGUGACGGCGGAGCAGAUUCCCCCUGACAAGCAGGCGGGACGCGGGGCGGGAUCCGGUCACCCGUGCGUGGGGACGGCGGCGUUUCGCUGCGGCUGCGGAGUGUGGGCGAUGGAAAAGCGGAUUUCCCCGGCGCCGAGCGGAGCGCAGCGUCCCGCUCUUCUCUCCACCAUCCGUACCCCCAUCUCCCGGCGCGCGCCCAACGCGGCUGAAAAAACAACACCCCCUGGUUGUUCCCUACGAAACUAGAGCGUUUCUGUUUGUGCAUAAAAAAAAAAAAA